AUGGCUUAUAGAUCAGUUCUAGUGAAAUCCCCUGGUAGUAUAUGGGUCUCUGUGUUUGAAGAAGGAAAAAGACUUGAGUGGCCACUCGCAGGACGCACCUGGAGUACUGGGAAGGGUCACCUUUGGGUUGGGGGAUUCCCAUUGGGAUUUAUCCCAAUUGCAGAGAUGGCAACCAUACCAUAUGAAUCCAGAUUUAGAAAAGAACCUCCCUUGUUUUACCUACAUUGGAGAACAAUAAAGUUAUUACAGAAUAGAGGGCAGCCUCCAGCUAUUGAUAGAGACAUUCAAGAUAUACCUUCCUACAAUCAGACAUUCAAAUCUAUAGCCUAUGCAGAUGAUCUUAUAAUAGGGGUUGGGAGCUCACUGGCUGGAGAUAUAUAA